GUUCGAACUAGUUCGUUUGGCAGUAUUAACGUGCCAUAGUUGUAUUGUAACAAGGUAGUUGAAUACCAUUCUGGGAUUGAGUUAGUUGGCGAUCAAGGAGUGCAAUCCGUUUGCAUUCUAGUUUGCCCAAUUUUCAUAUUGUAGUGUUUCUAAAAAAUCCUCAAAAAUAUGCCCAGGAAGCUGGCUUCUGAUACAGUAUCAGACAAGAACCCACCACCAAGUAACAUGCAACUGAGGAAGAGACAAAUAAAACAAUCCAAUGACAUCCCAAGAAAGAAACCGGCUACCCAAAAAAAAACCAAGGCCAAAGCUACAAAAGCGAAUCCUCCACAGGCUAAUCAAGAAACCAAGGAGGAUUCUGUACCCUCAGAAAAUGGUGAACGGAAAACCAAUGAGGUACCAGCAGCCGGAGAGAAUGAAACCAAGUCAGAAUAACAUCUGUCUUGCCUCUUUAUCAUUGGUCGAAGUACCUCUUGUACAAUUCAGAGGAAUAUUUUUAUCAACUAUUUUGUAAAUGCAAGGUUUUAGUAGCUCAAUAAUAGGCAACACAUUUUGAAAUAGGAGGGAAUCCUGCAUAUCUAUGGCCAUUCUUCACCCUAGCAUACAUUUUUUUUUUGCAUCUACAGAUGUUAUGUCUGUAAAUGUUUUUUGGCAAUGUAAAAAAAAGGUUAACAAGUUAUAUGUACUUGGAUGUUACAGAUUUUUUUAUCAUGAAAUUCGUAGACAAUACUAUUAAACAGCAGUAAGCUGGAAGGCUUUGAAAGAGACUUGACAGUUUAAACAUACUGUAACAUUCCAUGAAUGAGGAUGGAGGCUGUUUGUUUUCCCGACUUGACACAGACAUAAAGGGAAAAUGUUCAUUCUGAUACCUUUUUUUAAAAAAAACAUGUCGUAAAUAAAUCAAGGUCAGGUGACCAUGUUCCCAUUGUUGGAAUUGUAAUAGAUAACUGCUUCAAAACUUGUUUUAGUUGCAGAUUUCCCUCUUAAUAAUCUGUGGCAAUGUUGUCCUGGCUAUAUUUGUGAUAGUGCUUCUUGGAUUUAUGUUUUCUUUUCAUGAAACUUGUGAAUGGGUUCAUUAAGUAUAGUUCUUGGGGUUUACAGUAUGAUUUAUUAGAAGUGCAAGUAGGUGAAGUUGCCUGCAGAGAAAAUUGACCACCAGGACUGUAUAGCAGGAGUCAUAGGUAUUUGGUCAAUGGUGUAUCCUAUAGUUACUGACAUUGAAACAAAAAUCAUGCUGAAAAGUCACUGGAAGUUUAGAAUUAUGGUAUUAACAUUUAAUUACAUUUGGAGGCUUACAUUUUCUAUUUCAGUACAGGUUCUGUGUAGGAUUGUACAGGCUGUUUAUAGCUGUAUCUGUGUACUGGUGGAUUUAAAAAAAAAAUAAAAUUUGUGGCUGAAGUGUGA